ACCGCACGCACUCACCCGGCCGGCAAGCUACAUUACAUGACCAGUUGAGAAGGCGCAGCAGCGGGGAUUUCCUCUGCCAAAGAUUUCCCCACCUUCCCCCACCUUCCCGAGUUUCGCCGCAGGCCAGAUGCGUUCAUCGUCACCUGAUCUGGCCACAGUUCAGGAAUUCUCACCAGUGACAGAGGGCUCUCUGUGGUUGCUUUGAAAACAAGUGUGAACUAUCACUGACUUAGUGAGCAGUAUUUUUAUGGGAAGAGAAAAGCUCCAUGAGCAGCCCUCCGGUCCUCUGAUUGAAUCCCUUAAAAUGGAGAGGGUUAGGACAAUUCUGACACAUGGAUACCCAUACCGACAUGAGCACUCGACACAUUUCAUCAUUAGGAAGACUAUCAAGCCAAACUAUUCAAACUUUAGUCGUUGGUACGUUGCAUGGAUAUUCUUGGCAGCAUUAUACCAUCUCCCUAGUUUUCAGUCAAUGGGGUUGGAUUUGAUGAUGAAUCAUUCCCUGCUCCUCGCUAUUUAUGUUUCCUCUCUAGUUUUCUUUAUCAUCUUCCGCGUCAUAUUUCUUGGACUCUGGUAUUUGGGUCUUGUUUCUCGCAUAGCAGAGAAACAGCAAGUGAUGCUUACUAUAAUCCAAAAUUGUGCAGUGAUAAGUACAGCUUGCUGCGUGUUCUACAGUCACUGUGGUAGCAGAACUCUUUCGAGGGACAAAUCCAUUGAUCGUAGAACUGCUAACUGGGUUGCAUUUUCUCUGUGGAGAAAGCAAAAUGAGGACAAUACACUGAUUUCAAAGCUAUUGCGUAUGCAUAAGUUUAAUGACCAGAUUUGCCCAUCCUGGUUUGCUCCGGUUCGCUCUGCCAGUGAUUACCCACCUUCUGUUCGUGCUUGCAUAUCUCUUCUGUUUAUUUACUGUUCUAUUUUUAUCUUGGUAUGUUUGCUCCAAUUAGCUUCCAAUGGAUCCGAACACUCCAACAUCAUUUCACCUGUCUACUCUUUCUGGGCUAUAUUCAUUGGACUUUGCAUGGCUAAUUAUGUCGUGGAGUGGUCAACUGGAUGGGCUCUAACUCAUCCUUUACCAAUUUCGGAGUAUGAGAAUCUGAAGAAACUGUUGAAAUCUGAUUUUGAGGACACGGUUCGUCAGUAUUCUGCGACCUCAACAGAUUUGCUUAAAACUGUUUUCAACCUCAUGAUAUCAGUCACACUUUUUGUUGGUCGAUUUGACAUGCGUAUGAUGCAGGUACAUUUCAUGUUUGCUGAUUAA